AUGUCUGCUCCGCUGAAGUCCUCUACUGCAGACGAGGGGUUUAUCCUUUCAACGCCGGCUUUGGAGAACCCGUACACCUCGGAUGCAGUUUUUCUUCGAAUUCUCCAGUGGUAUCUACCGCGUGAUGUGUUGUCAAAAAUCUUAUCGGACCUGCAGCACUUCGGCUCCGAAGCAAUCUCAGACGAGACCAACGGUUUGAUUGGAAAUGCCGAGACUCAGCUGCCAUAUAUCAAGACACGCAAUGUGUGGGGAGCGCGUUACCAUGCCGAUCGUCUGGUAACUAGUGCUGGUUGGAAGGGGCUGGGCAAAUGGGGUAUCAAGAAUGGUGUAGUUGGGCUUGGAUAUGAAGAAACAUUCGGGCCAUAUCGCAGAGUUGUGCAACAUGCAUUCAACUACAUCUUCUCUGCGUCCUCCGCUGCCUAUUCGUGUCCUGUCUCAAUGACAUCGGGAGCGGCACGUCUAGUUCGACACCAGAUUCGGGAUUUACCUUCCGAUCAUCCAUUCCAUGAACUCUAUGCACGUCUCAUUGCUCGCGAGAACAAUUGGAUUUCCGCGCAGUGGAUGACCGAACGCCCUGGUGGCAGCGAUGUUCGAAACAGCGAAACCGUCGCGGUUUACUCUCCGCUGCAAUCGAAGACUGGUCGUUUUGGCAAUAUAGAAGAAGGGGACUACCUUUUGUCCGGGUUCAAGUUCUUUUGCAGUGCGACAGACUGCAACAUUGUCUUACUUCUUGCAAAGACCGAGUCAGGAGAGUUGUCCCUAUUUGUGGCACCGACAUCUAUAACAGGCACCGAUGCCAGUGGGAAGAAGACUAAGUUAUCAAAUGGAAUUCGUAUCCAUCGACUGAAGAAUAAGAUGGGUACGAAAGAGCUACCAACGGCCGAGAUUGAACUCAAGAAUGUCCGAGCCCAUUUAAUCGGCAAGAAAGAUCGCGGCAUUGCAACUAUUGCCUUGUUGCUUAACACUACACGCACCCACAACUUCGUCACGGCUGUUUCGUGCCUGCGUCGCGCCUUGGAUAUUGCCAAAGCAUUUGCCCGUGCUCGCAAGACCAUUGAUCAACCACUGUGGACAUUCCCAAUGCACUUGAAUGUGCUUGCCCAGUUGGAAGUCAAGCAUAGGGGUUGGCUCCAACUGGCUUUCUUCACUUCAUCGCUUCUCGGCUUCGUCGACAACGGGUUCCCGAAAGAACUGCCUGCACAUUACAAUGUCCUUGCUAGAUCUCCUACCGCAGCAACACUAGUUUUGCGGGCUUUGACUUCGACGUCCAAGGCUGUGAUUUGUAAAUCAUCUACGUUAGCAUUUCAGGAAUGCCAGGAAGCAAUGGGUGGAGUCGGAUACAUGGAUGAGCCUGAAGAACCCGAGUUCAAUGUUAGCCGGCUAUGGCGUGAUACAGCUAGCAACAGUGUAUGGGAAGGAACAACCAAUGUCCUUGCGAGUGAGACUGUGAGGCAUUUGACCAAUGGACGUAACUUGGAAUCCUUCAGUGCCUGGAUCAACGACUCAAUUGGCUAUAUCACGGACGAUGCUCUAAGAACCACUUUGAAAAAUGUCUGGGCAGCCCUCGAGAAGAAGCUCGCAGUGGGACAAGACAACCGCAGUCUAGCAGGUGUUCUCGGGCUUGGUCGUCAGAUAAUGUUCACUCUUGCUUGGCUCAUCAGUGGGAUACUGCUCGCCAUGGAUGCCCAACGAGACAACGACAAUGUUGCCUGUGAAGUAUCUCACAGAUGGGUUCUAGAUGGACAAGGCGUACCAGCAGAAUUCGCAUUCCCUGAACUCAUAUAUCAGCGCUCUGCAGACCAGCCUCGUGUUAUGAGCGACCAGAGUCGGACUAAUUGGGAUUGUCUCAUUGUUUGGGGAGCGGACCUUCCGACAGAUUCUUCGACAGGAUACCGGGCUAGAAUUUGA